AUGUCUCACCCUCCUAAAAACUUACCUGAUUCAUCCAUUUGUGCACUUACUACAGGCGUUCAAAACUGUCUGGAUUAUUUACAAAAAGAACUGCUUGAAGUCGAUGGAGGAAAGAUAUCUGAAGAUUUUUCAUCCGAUGCCUCCAGUCGGUCAGUAGUUAUGUUUCUCCGUUUUGGUCAGUCAUGUCUCAGUUGUUUAGGUCGUUGGGCUUUCGGGCACUUUGGCACCGUUGACAAACACCACUCAGAUUAUGACAGUAUUUCCAAUCACCCUACCGGUCACGUAUGCGGCAGAACUGGAGGUACUCACAAUAGCUGUGCAAUAAGAAGUGCGGCUAUGCCAAAUAUAUGUACCAGCGAUAGUGGUCGACGUCGAAUUGCACAGUGUCUUGAAUCAAGUCCACCUACGUCACAAGCCAACCGUCGAUGUGCUGCUGAGUCUCCGAUGACUUCUGAUUCUCAUUCUAAAACUCCAGUUAAUGGUUGUCUUACUAAACAGUGUACGAGUGGGAAGCCGGUGAGGGAACGAGGCACGAAAGAAGACCCAGUAACAAGAUUAGAAAAUAAUGUUCGACGCCUCCGGUGUGAUGUACAGUCCAUGCGUGCAUUAGAAACCCAACUGCGUAACCAGCUUGAAAAUCUACAACGUGAUGAUCGUCUUAAUCGGCUCAGCUUGUCUAACCAACGGCAAGAAAAUGAAGCCUUUUCAUCGCGUAUCUCAAAGUUAACAAACAGGUGUCGAAAUGAGAGAGCAAAUCUAAACAAUAUGGAGCAGAGUCUAAAUGAAGAAAUUCGUUUACGUCAAUUAGUUGAAGCUCAGCUCACUGAAAUGAACGUAACUCCAGUGUGUAAUGUAUCCAAGGCAAAUAGUAAUAUUUCAUCUAGUAGCUCAACUGAACAGAGUAUUCCAACAUCUGUUGCUGCUAUUCAAGAAUCCUCUAGUAAUGAGAUAGCAACCAAUGCUGACACAAUACAUCAACAAAAUGAUGCUCAUAAUGUUAUGAAUAAUUAUUGCUGUAAAUUGCGUCAGCUUCUUGAGUCGAAACUUUAUACACUUAGAUUAGCUGUCAAGCAUCGUGAGAAUUUAACACUAGCCUCUAAAAUGCGUCCUUCUGACCAAUUGACAAGGAAGUGUUUAACCAAUAUCAGUUCGAAAACAGUAGUGACGUCGAGCGAUGAUGGCAGUUCUCACCAGUAUGAACCACGUUCGUCGACAUGUAAACUUCAGUCGGGGCAUUUAGCAGGCAAAGAUACUUGUAGAGUUUUAAAUUCAGAGGGUGAAAAUGUUAACGACACAAGUAAUAAUCAUGAUACAUCGACAAAUAAACAUAGACAUGCAUUUUUAGAAAACUGUUUCAAUUUAGCAAAUGAAGAAAGAGAACGCUUAGCGAGUAAUUUACGAACGGAGAACUGGCAGAAACAAGAGUUGCUCACAUUAUACCACACAUCUGUACGAGAAAUAACUGAACUAAACAAAACGCUUAAACAGCGUGACUUACAAAUUCUUGAGCUUACGGUGAAAAUAGAACAACUUGAGUGUUUACCAAAGUCUACUAAAACAUGCGAUUCUGUCAGUCUUGGUGGAUACACUGCGACAUCAGCAGCAGCAACAACUCAGUCGCCGUGUAAUUUGUAUGCUGAUUAUUUCCCGACAGGAGAUAAAGAUUUUAACUAUAAUAAACAACAGAUUUCAUCAAUGCUAUCAGGCAAUUCCGAUAUGUUUUCUGGCACUUCUACGAACACACUUGAGAACAUGUUUAUUCACCCCACUUCGGAAAAGUAUGAUCAUAAUAAUAAUAAUGGUUCGUCACAAAAAUCCUAG